AUGGAUUUGCUCCUUGUCUUGGUCGCUUGGUCUCUCUUUUUGGCAGAUUUGGGGUACGCUUCCAUGGCUGGGACUUACCGCACCAUUGAUACAGUCACUGCGUUGGAGGAACAUAAUGCCAAGAAGCUCUCGAAUUUGGGUAAUACCAAGCUCCCAAUGUCCAAGGCAGCUGCACAGCAUGGCGGACGGAAAACCACUCGGCACGGUUACUUAGUUGUUCUGUGCUUAUUCCGCUGCUGUCCAGCUUCAACACGUGCCAUCGACCUUUGGCGCUUCUUUAGGUCACGCUAUGUCAACAUGAACCGCCUGUAUCUCUUUGGACCUCGAACCUUUGAUCUUCCAAGAGUGACAAAUUGUCCCGGGAAUUUUGUGGAUACGCCGUUUCCCGGAUCAUGA